AUGCCUAAGAUAAAGACGAGCCGUGUGAAGUAUCCUGAAGGAUGGGAGCUUAUUGAACCAACUCUCCGUGAUUUGGAAGCCAAAAUGAGAGAAGCCGAGAACGAUACACAUGAUGGGAAGAGGAAGUGUGAGGCUCUCUGGCCAAUCUUCCGUAUUUCUCACCAAAAGAGCCGUUAUAUAUAUGAUCUCUACUAUCGAAGGAAGGAGAUAAAAAGGGAGCUGUAUGAGUUUUGCUUGGACCAAGGUUAUGCAGACAAAAAUCUGAUUGCUAAAUGGAAAAAGACUUACAGUAUGUUGGAUCAUGUUCAGUUCUCUCUCAGACAGAGAAGUGCCCCUGCUCCUGACCUGUGCAAUUGGACAUAUUGCCUGAAUAUCAAGUACCCCAUGAUGAUUUUUUGUUACUGGUGUGCUGUUGUAACUGCUCGUAUUUGCUACAGACUUACAGUAUGUUGGAUCAUGUUCAGUUCUCUCUCUAGUUUGUAUAGUAAUCACCAGAGUUUACCAAGUUUCAAUGCUAAGGUUACCUUGUAA